AUGAAACAUAUAUACAGCAUAUAUACGGAGUUUGGUAACGAGUAUUAUGAGGUAAACUCGGUACUGUUGGACAAGCUUAAGGAAUUGGAGGAGCAUCCGCCCAUGAAUUUUUCCCUUCGCGCAAAUGAUACGACGCAGCAACCUACCGUUGAGCAUGUUCGUCUCCCGCAAAUCAAGUUACAAACUUUUGAUGGAAAUAUUGAUGAGUGGUUGAGCUUUCAGGAUCUGUACACUUCGUUAAUUCAUUGGAAGGCUGAUUUACCCGAUGUUGAGAAGUUUCAUUAUCUUAAGGGAUGUUUGGCUGGCGAGGCGAAGGCGCUGAUAGACCUACAUUCUAUUACUAGGGCAAAUUAUCAAAUUGCAUGGGAUACGCUUACGAAGCGGUAUAAUGAUAGCAAAUUUCUCAAACGAAGGCAGGUGCAAGCACUUUUUAAGCUACCAUCGUUAACGAGGGAAUCUUCCGACGAGUUGUAA